AUGUCGUGGCAGGCGUAUGUCGAUGACAGCCUUAUUGGCAGUGGGUACAUGCACAGUGCAACAAUCGUUGGUCUUCGCGAUGGAAGUGUUUGGGCCUAUGGAGGGACAUACAUCCCACAGCAAAAAGAGAUUGCACACAUAUUGAAGUGUCUUGAGAAUUUAUCGCUCGUUCAGUCUUCUGGCAUAACUAUCUGCAACGUGAAGUUCUUUGGGCUACAAUCUGGUGUGGAUGGACAAAUGAAGUACAUCUUUUUUAAGAAGGGUGCUGCGGGUGGAUGCAUAUAUACCUCAAAACAGGCGGCUAUUAUUUCUGUGUACGGGAAUCCAGCUGAUGCUUCGUCCUUGCAGCAAGAUCUUGCAAAGGCUGGAACGGCAGAUGUCGCUGUGAAUCCGGCAGAUUGCAACUCUACAGUGAAGAGGAUUGCUGAAUAUCUCAUUAGUCUUGAGUAUUAG